AUCUGAAAAAAUGUAGACAACAAGAAAAAGCAAAUUUCAGUUCAAAUAGAGCAGCAUGAGGAGCGUUAACGGUGCUUUGUCCCUUCGGGUUCUCUCACUGAUCCUUUUCCUAGGGAACACAUAUGUGUCCCCUUCCUGGUCCUCCCUGGCCAACCUGGUGAAUGAUGAGGCUGAUGACUAUGAGUACGAGUACUAUGAUGAAUACGUGCAAGUGGAAGAGAAACUCUCCCAAGAGAUUCUGCUCUUGGGGGAACCUGACUGGGUCGACCCAUCCCCUCUCUACAGAAGAAUCCAGCAAGAAGAUCUGUGCUCCUCCAACCCCUGCAAGAACAACGGCUGGUGUGAGAUGAGAGGAAGCAAUUUCACCUGCCUCUGCCCCAGGCCCUAUACCGGGGACACCUGUGGGGAAGUGGAGGACACGUGUGUGGACCACAACUGUGUCAGAGGAGACUGCGUCGUUACGUUAACCAAACCUUACUAUCAGUGCAGCUGUAGCCAUCCCUACAAGUUACCAGACUGCCAGCAAGCUUCUUCACAGUGCCGGCCAAACCCAUGCAAAAAUGGAGGAAUCUGUGUGCGGCACAGAAUCAGAUCAAAAUUCACCUGCAAGUGCCCUGAACGUUACCGAGGGAGGUUUUGUGAGAUUGAACCGGAUGAUUGUUAUGAAGAGGACUCCUUUUAUUACAGAGGAAGAGUGAACCAAGCACAGAGUGGCAGGACUUGCCUGCACUGGAAUUCCCACUUGCUCUUGCGCUUCUCUAUUAAUGCAUUUAUGGAGGAUGCUGAGUCUUAUGGGAUUGGGGAACAUAACUUCUGCAGAAAUCCUGAUGAGGAUCAAAAGCCCUGGUGUUUCAUCAGAAACAAUGGCAAAGUGCAAUGGGACUUCUGUGAUGUUUCACCGUGCUCUGGAACAGAUGAGGAGAGACAAGAGCAAGAAGAUGAAAUGUUCAAAACCUGUGGACAACCAGAAAGUCAAAGGGGACUCAGGAGAAUCUAUGGUGGAACUAAGACUACAGCUGGCAAGCACCCCUGGAUGGUAUCUCUGCAGAGAAAGUCUUCUAGAAGAGUAACACACUUCUGUGGUGGAGUGCUAAUUAAAUCAUGCUGGGUUCUUACUGCUGCACACUGCGUCGAACACGGAGCAGAAAAUCUCCAAGUGGCCCUGGGAAAGCAAAACCUCAAGAGGAGAGAGCAUCAAGAGCAAAUAUUUGAUGUGGAGAAGGUCAUCGUGCAUCACAGAUACAGACUGGGUGAUGAUGAUGUCCCAUACAAUGAUAUUGCAUUACUUAAGUUGAAGCCGAUUGAUGGUCAGUGUGCCAUAGAAACCAAGUAUGUGAAAACAGCAUGUCUGCCAGAUUUUGAAUUUCCUGUUGGGACUGACUGCUUCAUUUCAGGAUGGGGCGAGACGGAGACAGGUGACAUGUCCCUUCAGCUGUUAGAUACCAGUGUCAAGCUGAUUUCGCAGAAGCAGUGCAAUGCACCUAGAGUAUAUGAUCAGAGGCUGGAUGAAAGCAUGUUUUGUGCAGGAAAUCUUCGGAGAGGUAGAACUGAUUCUUGUCAGGGAGACUCUGGAGGUCCUUUAACUUGCGUUGAAAAUGGUUUAUAUUAUGUAUAUGGCAAUGUGAGCUGGGGUGAUCAGUGUGGUUUAAAAAACAAGCCAGGAGUUUAUACCCAGGUGACAUCAUUUCUUCGUUGGAUUAAAUACAAAAUUCAAACUGAGUCAUUAUCGGAUCAAUAGGUGACAGCUUUCGUAUGGUGAAGGAAUUUCCGAAGCAUCAGGAUUAACUGUGACCUGCUGUGAUCCUUCUGGCCCCACUUGGUCCUGUAAGAUCAAACACAACUACAUCAUAAAGCUAGCUGAAAGCAGAAGGCUAAGCUCUUAUCCUAUAAAUAUAUUUACUAAUUAAAAAUUACCUCAACUGGAAACAACUGGACAAAGUCUGAAUUACUGCUCUGUCGUGCUCUGCCAUGGAAAAGUGUGAGUAGCUGACCCACUCGUGUCAGUUAGAUGAUACAUAUAUCCAAGGACAGAAUGUGCUCAGUGACUAAUUUCUAAUAAUUUGAGCAUUAAAUAAUGAACACAUU